GGAGCCUAAGCGGAGAUUCGUGCCGUCGAAACACGAAGCCAAGCGGGUAAUGAAGAUUGUCAAGGCUAUCAAGGAGGGUCGGAUACAACCCUACAGGCCUCCAGAGGAGACUGAGGAGGAGGAUCCCGCUAUCAAGAGAUACGAUCUGUGGGCAGAUGAGGCACCACGACCCGACCACGUUAUGCACAUCCCGGCACCGAAACUGCCUCCUCCAGGCUACGAAGAGAGCUACCACCCGCCCCCUGAAUACCUUCCGGAUCAGAAGGAGAGAGAGGAUUGGCAAGCGGCGGAUGAGGAGGAUCGCGAGCAGGAAUACCUUCCCACGGACCAUGAUGCUCUACGCAAGGUUCCUGGCUACGACAGGUUCAUCAGGGAAAAGUUCGAGAGAUGCCUCGACUUGUAUCUGGCUCCACGUGUACGGAGAAGCAAACUCAACAUCGAUCCCGAAUCGCUGUUGCCAAAGCUACCGAGCCCAGACGAACUCAGGCCAUUCCCUACGACUUGCGCGACUGUCUUCCGUGGACACGAGGGCCGUGUACGCAGUUUGGCCGUUGACCCCACCGGGCGUUUCGUUGCCAGUGGAGGUGAUGAUGGUCAUGUGCGGAUUUGGCAUAUCCUCACGGGACGGCAAGAGUGGAGUGCGAAAUUGUCAGACGAAGAGGCUGUCAACGUUGUAAGGUGGCGCCCUGUCCAGGAUGCGGUUAUUCUGGCUGCAGCUGCGGGAGAGGAUAUCUUCUUGAUGGUUCCUUUCGGGCUUUCAAUUGUCACUCCUGACGUAGAGCGGGCAAGCCGUGACUUGCUCGAUGCCGGAUGGGGUUAUGCUGCCGCGAACCCCUCCAGGGCUAGCACUGAUGGCACGCAAAAGGCUCCUCCGGCCAAAUGGACUCGCCCCGGCUCCCAAUUGGAGGAGAACGGCGUGCUGGUCAAGGCAACUGUGCGGUCAACGGUCAAGGUCAUCAAUUGGCACAGGCGCGGAGAGUAUUUCUCGACGGUCUCGCCCCAGGGCCAGAGCAGUGCUGUCGCCAUUCAUACUUUGUCGAAACACCUGACGCAGCUUCCGUUCCGCCGGCUCAAGGGUCUUGCGCAAGCAGCACUGUUCCACCCUUCCAAGCCGAUUUUCUUUGUUGCCACCCAGCGCACGAUUCGCAGCUACGAUUUGGCCAAACAGGAGCUUCUUAAAAUCUUGCAGCCUGGCGCUCGGUGGAUUUCCUCGUUUGAUGUGCACCCUGGAGGCGACAACCUUAUUGUGGGAUCCUAUGACAAGCGGUUGUUGUGGCACGACCUGGACCUGUCGAACAAGCCGUACAAGACGCUGCGAUACCACAAGAAGGCGAUUCGCUCGGUGCGCUUCCACCAGGGCGGGUUGCCCCUGUUCGCCGACGCAAGUGACGACGGCAGCCUGCAGAUCUUCCACGGCAAGGUGGUAGGCGACCUGAUGGAGAAUGCGACGAUUGUGCCGCUGAAGGUGCUCCGCGGACACCAGGUCAAGAAGGAACUCGGCGUGCUGGACGUCGACUGGCACCCGCGACAGCCGUGGUGCGCGAGCGCAGGAGCUGACGGAACGUGUAGACUAUGGAAUUAGUGGCGGGACUUUGGCCGAGGGAGUUAUCGUAGAUAUCA